GAUAGGCUGCUUAAAGAAAGAAGCGUCGCCUUGUGUUCACAAGAGCCCGUGGUGCUGCUGGAGUUCACUCACUGUCUGCUAGCUCCAGCCAAAACGAACCCUUUUCCUUUUUUUUAAAUUGUAUUUAUUUCAUCCUACCAUUGGAUAUGCCUUUUAAAAACAAGAUGUAACUGGCCACCGAACAAUUACAUCCUCACUUGAAUGAACCUACAUGUUUUAAAGAGCCGGGAUGAACAUCACUGAUGGAAGUUUAUUGUGGCGAAUGCUUUUAACUAUGGUGUGCCGAUGUGAUUGUUUAUUUUGCCCUCUAUCCUUGGCGAUGGGUCCCUAAUUUUUGGGAUUAUUAAUUCCGCGAUUCUACAAGGAAUCCUCGGCGAUCGAAGAGGGAAUUCUGCACAGCCAGGCAAACUACAGGGGAUUUAAAUCGGAGACGAGAAGAGAAGCAGGAAGAAAAUUCAUGUGGCGAUUCUCUGCUUAACAAUAAAUCAUUUUGGAUUGCAGAAUGAGCAAGGAAAGACCUAAGAGGAAUAUCAUUCAGAAGAAAUACGAUGAUAAUGAUGGGAUGCCCUGGUCGGAGGAGCGAGUGGUGCGGAAGGUGCUUUAUCUCUCGCUAAAGGAGUUUAAGAGCGCACAGAAGCGCCAGCUCUGUGACGGCAUCGACGAUGAGGGAAAAGGCCCUAAUGCUUCCUUGUCAAAUGGACAGCUGAAUGGUUCUAAGGGAGGACAUAAAGAGGACGGAUCUCGCUCUCAGAGGAAAGAUGGAGGAGGCGAGUACUCUGUGGAUGGUCCGGCUAAAAAGAGGCCCAGACUGCAUGCACAGAGGAAGUUUGCUCAGUCUCAACCCAACUCUCCCAGCAACACACCAGUGAAGAUGGCUGACCCCUCUCUGCCCACACCGCUCACACACAUCACAUUCCUCUCCAGACGCAAACCCAAGACAGAAGACUUCCUCACCUUCAUAUGCCUACGAGGCUCACCGGCAUUACCCAGUAACAUGGCCUACUUCGGCUGCUCUCAGGAUGAGGAGGAUCUGGAAGACGAAGAUGAGAUUGAAGAAGAGAAAGCACCCAGCGUGGCAUCUACAUCGUGCCAGUCUACACCUAAGAAGGGCAAACCACAUGGCAAGAUCAACGGACUCGUGUUGAAUGGCCAUAAGGUACACAAGGACAAAGAGCUCACUCCCAGAUCCAAAGCCAGAGAGUCGUCUGUGGGGAGAGAUCGCAGCGAGAGGUGUGAUGAGUCUGAGAUCUCCCACAAACACACGGCAGCCACAGCCAAGAGCCACAACACCAAUGGCCACAACUACAGGAGAGCUGCAGAGGAGCUCCGAAAGCAGGUCUCGAAAGUAAAUGGACUCACAAGGGCAUCAUCAGUUGGCACGCAUAAAGCCAGUGGCAAAAAGCAGAAAGACUUUCGUCUGCCGUCCAAAACUGUGAAGUACACAGCCACCGUGUCCAAGGGCCACGUCACCUACACCAAAGCAAAACGAGAACUGGUUAAGAAAGCCAAACUCAACCACAGCAAGCACGGAGCUUCUGCAGGCCUUCGUGCUUACAGCAACAACCAUCACCAUAAUUCUCAUCAUGCAACCAGCAAUGGCCAUGGCCGGCCCCAGCUCUCUCACUCAGGAAAAGCCCAAAGUAUCAAUGCAAAAACCCGCAAACAGGUGCUAUUGUCGAAUGGGGUGCAUAAGAUGACUAAUGGGAGCCGGCUUAACGGCAGGCUAAAUGGACGCCAUAGUGCCAGGGAAGAAGAGGUUGUUGACCGACCAGUGCGGCAAGGACUGCGGAACUCUAAACGCAGAAGUGAUGCCAUGACAUUGCUUGGAGCUGUAACUGAGAGUGAAGAGACUAAAACUAAGCAGCAAACCACUGAGGUUAAGAAAGCUAAAGUGCAGCCUAGCCCACUUGAAACUCGCAGCAAGAAAGCCCUGAAUCAGUUCAAGUCCCCUAACAUAGUCACUAUUGCACAUAGUAUCACUGAAAUGGCUGCCUCCCCUAUUCAGAAAACGGGUCCUGCUCCUCCUCCAUCUCCCCCUGCUGCUCCAGCUUCCCCGUCCAUGCCCCAGAACCCUGCAAUCCCUGAGCCAGCACGACAGCGACCCAAACGUGCCUCUGCUGGCAAACUGAUGUUCAUCAGAAAAGCACAGCAGAGGGCCCAAACUAAUCCUACCCUCAACCGGACCACAUCCACUACCUCAGCCAGCAAGUCCUUCAAACCAGCAGAGCCCACACACACACCUCCACCUCGGCUGGACAGAGACAGGGAGCGUGAGAGGGAAAGGGAGAGAAGCAGGGCAAGGUAUGCAGCCUUGGGGGAUGUGCCCAUUUUUAAGCCCAGCUCCAGGGAGUUCCAGGACCCUUUGGUGUACCUAGACUCAUUUCGGGAACAGGUCGAGUCAUGUGGACUGUGCAGAGUGCUGCCUCCUACUGACUGGAGGCCAGAGUGCAAACUCAAUGAUGAGAUGCGUUUUGUGACACAGGUUCAGCGCAUACACAAGCUGGGCAGGCGUUGGGGGCCCAAUGUUCAAAAACUUGCCUGCAUUAAGAAGCACCUCAAAUCUCAGGGCAUCUCAAUGGAUCAGCCACCUGUUAUAGGUGGCUGUGAAGUAGAUUUGGCUCGUUUUUCUGAGCUGGUCUGUGACUUGGGUGGAAUGCAGCAGGUGAUGGACCUGAAAAAAUGGAGCCGGCUGGCCGAUCUGCUUCGCAUUCCCAAAUCAGCACAGGAUCGUCUGGCCAAGCUCCAGGAGGCCUACCUCCAGUUUCUGCUCUCUUAUGACCUGCUUUCACCUGAGGAGCUCCAGCGUUUGGAGCAGGAGGUUCGAGCGGAAAAGGAGGCUCUGGAACGCAAGCGGGGACCCCUGGAGGGUCACUCUGAUAACGGCCAUCAUUCUCUGGCUCUUCCUCGUUAUGAACCCAAGAAUGGGCUCAAUGGCCUCAGCCAUCGCAAUGGCUUCCGCAAUCACCACAAAGAGCCAGACAUACAGCGGCAGGCUGGCCGCCGCAGACUGUUUGCUCAGGAAAAGAAAGGGGAAAAAGUGGAGUGUGAAGAGACAGAGGAGGAGAUGGAAGAUGAAGGUGUUCUCAGUGACCAGCACAAAUGUAUAUACAAGGGGAGAUCGGUAUCUUUGACCACCUUUUACAGAAUAGCAAGAAAUACAAUGAUGAUGUACUUCAACAAAGAGCCUGGGGCUGCUGAAGUUGAGCAAGAUUACUGGCGGAUAGUGGAGCAGAGGGACUGCCAUGUAGCAGUGCAUUAUGGGAAAGUGGACACAAACACACAUGGAAGCGGCUUCCCUGUGGGCAAGUCGGAGCCAUUCUCCAAGCAUGGAUGGAACCUCACCGUCCUUCCCAAUAACUCUGGAUCCAUUCUGCGCCAUCUUGGUGCUGUGCCGGGGGUGACUAUUCCCUGGCUGAACAUCGGCAUGGUCUUUUCUACCUCAUGCUGGUCACAAGACCAAAACCGCCUUCCAUACAUUGAUUACUUACACACUGGUGCUGAUUGCAUUUGGUAUUCUAUUCCUGCUGAGGAAAAGACAAAGCUUGAUAAAGUGGUGCACACACUGCUACAGGCCAAUGGAACGCCGGGACUGGAAAUGCUGGAGAAGAAUGUUAUGAUUUCUCCAGAGGUGCUUUGUCGUGAGGGAAUAAAGGUCCAUCGUACAGUUCAGCAGAGUGGGCAGUUUGUGGUGGUCUUCCCCGGUGCAUUUGUGUCCAGGGUGUGCUGUGGCUACAGUGUGUCUGAAACUGUGCACUUUGCCACACCACAGUGGAUGAACCUGGGCUACGAGGCUGCUAAGGACCUGAAAUGCAGGCGCAUAGCAAAACCCUUCUCUAUGGAGAAGCUGCUGUAUCAGAUCGCCACAGCUGAGGCCAAACGAGAAAACAGACUUGUGCUCAGUACAAUCUCUUCUCUUCUCAAAGAUCUCAGGAACAUAGAGAUGAAGCAAAGGCAGGAGCUGUAUGAAGCAGGGCUGCUCUCCUCCGCACGCUACUGCACUCAUGACCACAACCAAUCACCUGCUGACACCAGGAAGAAGCCGCGCAAGUGGCUGGCACUGGAGUCAUCAGAGAGGCGCUGCCAAAUGUGCCAGCACCUCUGCUACUUAUCUAUGGUGGUGCAGGAGAACGAGAAUGUGGUGUUCUGUCUGGAGUGUGCGCUGCACUAUGUGGAGAAACACAAAAACUGCCGCGGACUCAAGAUGAUGUACCGCUAUGAUGAGGAACAGAUCAACAGUUUGGUGAAUCAGGUGUGUGGUAAAGCACUGGUGAGAAGCGGGUCAGAAGUUUGUAAUGGCUCCAGUCCCAUUAAACCACCGGCCAAACGCGGCCCUCGCAAGAGGGAAUCCAUGAAGAUUACUCUCAUCCCUCUGCCAACCCACCCAUCCAAAAGUGCCGCUGCUGCCGUCUCAUGAUAAACGCCGCCCUGUUGCCCAAAUCAACCGAUCAUUUUCCUUUCUUCAUAUCGUUUGUCUUUUAUCACCCACCUAGCAGGGCAGAUAUAUCUGUGUUGAAAGCAGGCUGCCUUUUUUUGCACUAGCGCACUAGUUUUGAAUUCACCAGAUGUUUGAUAGCAUUAAGAGACACUGUCCCAGGUGUUUCACUGACAGGUGUGAGUAUGAUGUCACCAUGUUCGUCCUCCUCUUCAGCCCCAUCGACUGCACACAAACACACAAGCUCCACCUGAACUGUGAACUGUGGGACAAAUGGGUGCUUUUUUCCCUGUUUUUUUUUUUUUUUUUUUCCCCUAGCCCCCCCUUUCAGUUGAAUGUUGUUGCUAGAUGGAGCUGCCCAAGGAUUAUUUAUUUUAUUUCAUUUUUAUUAUUUUGUUUUUGCUUGUUUAUUUUUGCUUGCUUUGUUUUCUAGGAUGGUGUGUUUGGUUUUCUUUUUUUCUUGUUGUUGUUUAUUUUGUUUAUUUUAUCUUUCUUUGUUUUGUUUUUUGAGUAUGUGUGCGUGGAUUUUGUUCCAUGUUUUAUUUAGGCUUUUUUGAUUUUAUAUUUGUUUGAUUCUCGUUUUUUUUUUUUUUUAUGUUGUUAUUUUUUGUUUUCUUUUUUCUCCUCUGUAUUUGUGUUAUUAUUUUUUUUUUCAAAGUGUUUUUCUUGCUGUUUUCAGUUUCAUUUUGUUUCUUGCCAUUACCUCUGUUUUUAUUUGAAUCAGAUUAGUCCCCAUGCAGCUCCUUUGCGGAAGACGCAGCUCUAAAGAUGAUAAACACUUGAAAUUUAGCUUGUUGUAAUAUCUCUUGUUUAUUUUUGUUAGUUUUUUUUAUUUUUAUUUUUUUAAGAGGAAAUGCUGUGUGUGAUUUGGCAGAUUUUAAGUUCACACUUACCUCCAGGGAGUGCUUUAUUCCCUGGCAGAGGAUCAUGGAGGAAGUGGGUGUUUUUUAGGGAAUGAAUAAGCGGGUCCCAUCCCGAUAAUGAGAGGUUUUCCUCUCACACUGAUACUUUUGAAUGAUAACUGUGCCUGAUGUUUAGCUGGGAGAUAGAUCUUUUAUUAAUGUUGGUGCUGUUUUUUUGUUUUAUUUUAUUUUUUCUCCUUUUUUUGUACACAAUAUAACAAUACAAAAAGGUAAUACAAAGAAGUGCUGUCUGCUAGCCUUCUUAUCCCACAGGACGGAAGUUUCUUUUUCCGCUUCUAAAUGUGCAAUCGUGUAAACAUUCCAUUCUUCCAGAUUUACUGAUUCAUCUGUAAAGAUAAUUAUUAUGUUAUAUUAUUGUAAUUAUUGUUUUUGCCUUUUUUUAAUUUUCUUUUUUUCUUCUGAUGUUUUCUCAAUUUAGAGCCACUAUUCGGGGGGUGUAAAAUGUGAAAUACAAGUCCAAGUUUGUUGUUGUUGUUUUUUUUUUAUUAUUAUUAUUGUUAUUAUUAUUUGUUUUUUGUUUUGUCUUCAUUUUUGCAGAAGUAUCAUUGAUUGAAAAAAAAAAAUCUUAAGAAACUUUGUGUACAUAAUCCUGUAAAUGUCUUUAAUACUUGAGCCUUUGUCGGAGUGACGGAAGAAAAGGAUAGAUAGCUACAUAGACGGAUGAUGUCAGAUGAAGAAUAAGCCUUACAUUUCAGUUUCUUCAGCUGGUGGACUUUAAGUACAGGGUUGCUCUGGUAAUGUGUAUAAUUUUUAAGUGCUGCUUACAUCGAGGACGAAGAUACAGAGUUGCGAUUUCCCCCUAGUUUUGUUUUUUAGGUUUACUUUUUUAAAGAAAAGGGAAAAUAUUUCACAAAAAAAAUGAGGUUUUUACAUUUUCAUUACUGAAAAUUCAACAUUGUAGUAGCUACUCAUGUUGCACUGAGCUUGCCAGUUGUGACUGUCAAGGAAAAAAGGAACUAUAAUCCAGUUUGUUGGUUGUUGUCCUUAUCUGAAGACUGAACUUUUAGGAGUAUUUAAUAAAAACCAAGUCAGUUGUUUUCAUCAAAGAACAGCAGUUGUCAAGUUUUUAAUGGCCUUACUAUGUAUUUUAUUGAGAUUUUUUUAAUUUUAUUUUUUUUGCUGUUUUUGUUCCUUUUUCUAUAAAAGGAGAUAUUUGUUCAUGGUCAGGCAAGUUAAUUUAUUAGCACUGUGUCUCAGCUUUUUGUCUCAUGAAAGAUUUCAUGUUGGUUAUUAUGUCAGUUUGAUUUUUUUUCUUUGUUUUUUACCUUUUCAAUUUAUACUUUAAAGUUUAAUAAAAAUCUCACGGAUAAUUCA